UUAACUUUUUAUUUAUUUAUUUUUGUGCUUUAACUUACGUCACGUAGUUGCCAAUUCUCUCUUUCGUUUAGUUUAAAUUUUGCAUCUAACAUUUAGAAUUUAUUUCUUUUCCGCUUUUUUAAAUUUGACAAAAUUUUAUGGAAUAUGGAAAAUAAUAAAAUAAAUUCAAACAUAACCUAAUCUACCAAUGAUAAAGUGUAUUUUACAAAUUCUGAACGUAAUGUGCGUAAUGCGUAAAAAAAAUAAAAAAAUACUUUAAUUGUGAAAGAGGAAAUGACGUAAUGCGCCCAGUGCCUGUUCAUCAGAGUGAAAGAGCGUGACCGCGCUGCGUGCGCGUGCGUCUGCGCAGAUGGACAGCGUGAGCAGCCACAGCGUGUACGUGCUGCAGCAGCUGCAGGAGCAGCGCAUCCAGGGCCUUCUGUGUGACUGUAUGCUGGUGGUGAAGGGCGUCUGCUUCAAAGCACACAAGAACGUGCUCGCGGCCUUCAGCGCGUACUUCAGGUCUCUGUUCCAGAACUCUCCAGCGCAGAAGAGCGAUGUUUUCCACCUGUCCAUCCAGGACGUGGGCGGCAUCGGGCAGGUGUUGGACUACAUGUACACCUCACACCUGGAGCUCAACCAGGACAACGUGCACGCGCUUCUGGAGAUCGGACAGAGCCUGCAGGUGUUGAACAUCCUGAACAUGUGCCAGGCGUUCCUGAAGCCCUGCGUGUCGACCGAGGCGGCUCUCUCUCUGCCCGCUGAGGCGGCUCACUAUCAGGACUGUGUGAUCGGAGGAUCGUUACCGUCAGACACAGAUCUGCACAAGCCUCUGCCUCACGGAUACAAGCUCAGGAACUUCUACACCAGACAGUAUCUGAAGCAGAGCUGCAGCUUCCCAUCGGAGGAGCCACUCCAGAGCAGUGUUCCUGCGGCAGACUCCGCCCACCCGUGCAGCACAGACCCCGCCCACCCGUGCAGCUCAGACUCCGCCCACCCGUGCAGCACAGACCCCGCCCCCCCAUGCAGCUCAGACUCCGCCCACCCGUGCAGCUCAGUCCCCGCCCACCCGUGCAGCACCGACUCCGCCCACCCGUGUGGCUCUGACUCCGCCCACCUGCACGUCCUUCAGCCAAAGAAAACUGUUUACCUGAAGAAGUUCAACUACCUGCGCUCACACAUCAGUGCAGAGGAUGAGGGGGUGGAGCACGGUGACCCACGGGAGACCACUCCCACUCGCCCCGUCCACACCUCUGACCUCUCCUUGACCUCUGACCCUGCAGAAGUGUCCGAGCUGAAAACAACACCUACGGCGGAGCCUGAUGUCCUGAGAGGUCAGGUUGAGAGGUCGGAGGUCAGCAGCGCGAACAAAUACUGCUGUGAGGUUUGUGGAAAGACGUUCAAACAUCCCAGCAACCUAGAGCUGCACAAGCGCUCACACACAGGUGAGAAGCCGUUCCAGUGUAACGUGUGUGGGAAAGGAUUCUCACAGGCAGGAAACCUGCAGACUCAUCUGCGCAGACAUUCAGGAGAGAAGCCGUACAUCUGUGAGCUCUGUGGGAAGAGCUUCGCAGCGUCCGGAGACGUCCAGCGGCACAUCAUCAUCCACUCGGGAGCGCGGCCGCACCUGUGUGACAUCUGUGGACGAGGCUUCAGCAACUUCAGCAACCUGAAGGAGCACAAGAAGACGCACAGCACGGAGGAAGAGUUCACCUGCGAGCAGUGCGGGAAAUCCUUCAACAUGCAGAGGAAGCUGUUCAAACACAAGCUGAGACACAGCGGAGACAAACCGUACAGCUGCCAGACCUGCGGUGAGCGACCCCUGACCCCUGACCCCAGCACAGCACUCCUCAGAAGGAACUGGUCAAGGAAGUGUUUCGCGGGGUCAGGUGAUCUUCAGCGUCACGUGCGCUCUCACACAGGUGAGCGACCCUACACCUGUGACACCUGCGGCAAGAGCUUCACACGCACCGCGGUCCUGCGCAGACACCGCAGCUCUCACUGCAGCCGCGCAGACGCAGACGCCUCCUCCCCGGCUGCGCCGCUCACCAGCGCCCCCUGCAGGAGCGGAGAGGACCUGAGCAGCGGAGCGCUGUGGGGACGAGCCAUGAAGACACUGCAGAACCACACCGACACCGAGCACUGAACUUCCUGUCAUGUGACCCGCCUCAAACUCUCCAUUAAACGCUAUUUAUGAAUGCA